AUGUCAUCCCCAUCGCCCACCACCGCCGCAGAAAAAAAGACUUCUCAUGCUAUCCCCCCCUCCCCCAUCCUCCCCCCGCCCUUCCUCCCCACCCCCUCCAUCCCCAACCUCCGCGACGCCGGCAACAACCUGCCCAUCAGCGGCGGUGCCGGUGCCUGCAUCCGCCCGCUCGUCCUGCUGCGCAGCGCGGACCCGUCGCGGGCGACGGCCGAGGACCGUGCGGUGCUGCGCGGGCUGAGGGUGGCGCGGGUGUUUGAUUUGCGGUCGAGGCCGGAGGUGGAGGCGGGGUUGGAGGCGGUGGGGGCGUUUAAGGAGGAGAAGGAGAGGGCAGAAGGGGAGGAGGAGGAUGGGUUGUUGAAGAGGGUGUGGACGCCGGUGUUUGAGGAUGAGGUGUUUGUGCCGGAGAGGCUGGCGGUGAGGUAUAGGGAGUAUGCGAGGAAGGGGUUGGAGGGCUUCGUCGCAGCGUACGGGGAAAUCCUUGCCGGUGGCGGCCCCGCUUUCGCCACCAUCCUCAGACAUAUCGCGAGCGAGUCGUCAGCCGAGAAGCCGAACGCGCUGCUAGUGCACUGCUCCGCGGGCAAGGACCGCACCGGGGUGUUUGUGGCGGUGUUGCUGUCGAUGCUCGGGGUGGCCGAUGAUCUGGUCGCCGACGAAUACGCCCUCACCGAGGUGGGCCUUGCCCAUGUGAGGCCGCUGAUGAUCAAGAAGAUCUCGGAGAACCCUGCGUUCAAGGAGAAUGGCGCCGGCCUGGAAGGCGCGGAGAGGAUGUCGGGCAGCAAGAAGGAUAGCAUGCUCGCGGCUUUGGCCAUGAUUCGUAAGAAGUAUGGGAGCGCCGAAGGGUACGUUCGGAAUGUUUGUGGCUUGUCCACAGAGGAGAUUGAACGCAUCCGACAAGUUAUGAUUGUUACCAAGAGCGAGAGUGAAGAAGUUGCAAGAAAUGCAUCACUUUAG